CUAUUUUAAAUGCCUCUUGUUAAUGGUGUUAAAGCAGCCAGCUGGGUUAGUGUACACUUUUAAAAAUAACUAUUUUGAAAGGAAAUUUCAGCAGGGGAAGAGAAGAAAGCUACUUCAGAGGCACAGAGCUGAAUGAAUGGAAAAAGUGUCCUUUUUGCUGUCAGUGGACAAAAAUUGUGGGGAAAGGCCCUGGAUGUGAGCAUCUGCAUGCAGAAAGCUUCUUGCUUUUGUAAUUACAUAAAAUGACAUCCAGCUUGUAGAGAUAACUGCCUGCAGGCUGCUUGGUUGGCAGCACCGCACUGCUCAGGCACCGUAGCCCGUCCUUGUAGCCAUCCCUCCUCGCAGCAGCUGGAACUCCGAUCUGCUGCCGCAUCUGCAACUGCCGCCGGAUAUUUCCUCAGGGAGGAGGGACCCGACGCCACUGAGGGAAGGGGGUGAGAGGCGGUGGUCGGGAGGAGGAAUUGAUUCUUCCCACCUACGGCGGCUCUGCCCUCUCCGGGGUGCACGGAGCCGGGAGGCGGUGAUGCCGCGGUGCCAUUGCCACAGGCUGAGUUUCGCGAUGUUGUGAGGGGCGAGGUCAGCUUCUCCGGGUGACCUGCGCUCGGAGUGCGGGAGGAAGCUGAGCACAGAGAGGGCGGCCGAGGGGCGGUGUCGCCGUGAGGCGCGGUGCCCUGAGGCAGGCGGGCGGGCGGGCUUCCGUCAGCCCUGAGAGGUGAGAGCGCCUCGGGGUCGGGCAGACUGUCUCUGCAAGAAUAGAACUUACUUUUCUGAACAUGGAAAACACAUAUUCUCCAACAUUUGUAUCUGUACCGUCAGAUGACAAUGAAUUCUACCUAUAUCCAAAGUGUGUUAAAAUAGAAAGUCAUCAGAAAAGCGUGAAGAAAGAGGAGCAGCAAAAGUUGGAACAAAGUACACAUUGUGGGAACACUUAUCAAACACCACCAAAUGAACCUAUAUAUUUAUCAGAAAUACAAAGCAGCUGGGUAUUAGAAAAUGAAAGAUGUGAUAGAGCCGGAAAACCUUGCGUAAGUGAAUCUUUCCAUUCUCAAGCUUCUAAUAAUGAAAGAUUACUAUGUAGAGUAUUAGAAAAUAAACUGCCCAUCAAAAAAUGGAGUCCUGAAAAGGAAAGUCAAAAUACUAUAGAAGAUGACAUUUCAUUAAAUAUAUAUAGAGAGCGUGGUGAAACAGAAUUGCGCAAUCUGUGGAAUUCUACUAGCACAGGUAAAAACCUACAUGUACUAAAUCCUAUCCGACUGCAUCAGAACAAUAUGGAACAGAAUAAAAUAGAAGCUGACAAUGAACUUAAACAAAAGUCUUCAGAUACACCUUUAAACAGGAACUUGUUUCAGAGGUGGAGGCAAUAUCAGCUUUCACAAGUUCCAUUUUCAUGUGGUACUUGUUCUAUGCUUUCUUGUGUAGAAAAUGAGAAAAAUGUUUUUCUGGAAAAAGUAUGCAGUACAGAAAGCAAAGAUUAUUACCAUAAUGAUCAUGCAACUACUACAGAAAGAGAUAAUAAUAAUUCAUCAUCUAUCGUUCCAACACUAAAACGUUUUAAAAGCAUGCAACCAUUGGAAAUUCCUAAGUUCUUGAUGAAAGAGAACACAUCUCAAUUUUCUAGCAUCUCAAAUAGAAUAAAUAGCGAAAUGCCAUCAGCUAACUUGAAGGAGAUGGUUGGGAAGAUACUAGAAGGCCAACCAACUUUGAUGCAGUCUAAACAGAUACAUGGUGUGCAAAAAAUGUCUGAGGUAGGGAACCAGAAAUUGCAGAGUGAUAAAAACAUUGUGAAAGCUUCAUCUGUUGGUUCUGAAUCUGAAGAAAAGAAUUAUCAAUCAACUAACAAACAAAAGCACAGUGCUGUGGCAGAAGGAGGAAAACUGCCUGUAAUUUACAUCAGGGACGGCAGCAGUGAUCCAGAAUGUAAUCAAAUAUUUGCUGGAAGUGAUUUUAAAGUGCUGGAGAAUUCAGAUGAUGAUGAUGACCAGAAGUCAAGGAUUCACAUUUGCGUUAGUGCUAAAAAAGUUCAGAACAAGAAAUUUAUCAAUGUUAUGGAUAUUUUGAGGGGAAUGAGGAGGAAGAGCAGCCAUGAGAACGUGAUAACAUUUCAUACACAGACAAGCAUUUCAGCGAUAACAGAAGUAUUAGAGAAAAAUAAGUUAGACCUACAUUAUGGUCUGCAUGAUUCCAACAGUGAUAUUAGUUUGCAAGAAGCAGAAUCAAAACUAUUUACAAAUAAAAUAAUUGACAUCAAAAGAUACUUAAUUGAAAACAUUAUAUUUGAAAGCAGUUGCACUCCCAUUGUUGCACACAAUUUUCCAGAUGUAAAAGUGAGUUUCGGUGUAACGAGGGAAAAGAAAACAUUCAAAAUAAAGUUUUCAUUUCAAAACUUUUUAUUUGGAGCGCUCAGGACACAGACCAAAUUGUUAGCUGAAGUUAUGCUUAUGUGUCAGGCUGACAAUAUUAUGCACUGGUUUGAUAUCUGUGUCGCAUUAAAUGAGCAGUGUUAUACUCGAGAGUUAGUAAAGAGCAGUAUCGGUGCAAGCCACAGGAAUAAAACACAUAUUUAUUUGCUGGCUAUUAUUUUAAAGCAUCUGAAGGUGAAACUACAAAAGAAAAUUCUUACUUCCAUUUUCAAUAGGAAGAAUGCAUUAUUACCAACUGAAGAAAAAUUGGUGAGAGUGGAGAAACGUGCUUCAUAUGGCAGAAAGCAAAUGCAGUUAAAUUCAUGCACAGAGAGUAAUCUGAGGCAAAACACAGAUUAUUAUAAAAAAUAUGAAAUUUAUCCAGGCACCAUAAGUUUUAAAUUUGUGGAUAGCAUUAAUUUUGACUUGCAUAAUGAACUCCAGAAAAUAUAUUUUUCUAGAUCUUCAAGUAAUGAAAAUUCCACUUCCCUAACCAGAAGGAUCUUCUUUCAUAACCAAAGCAGUGGAUUAUCUAAAGGAAGAUUUGUCAGAAAGCACCACCUCUUGUCCAGAAGGAGUGAAAGAUUCCACAGCACUUACUUGGAGUCUGUCAGCCAUAGAAAGGACAUGAAAAAACAAAUGUUGGUUGCUAAAUGCCUAAUUUUGUUGAAGGACAAUUGUGAUCGUUCUUCCCUAGAGAAAAUGUAUUACUAUAAUAUAAAAAAACCACAGUACUUGACAAGAGUAAAUCUUAGAUGUUUGAGUUACCUUCCUGCCUGUUCACAACUGAGGUUUGAAAAGGUAAAUAAUAAAUGUUCAAAUCAGCAAAUACCCGUAACUACCAUGAAAUGGACAAAGAACAAACUGAGGAAAAUGUUCAACAGUUAUUUUCAUAGAGAAAGACUUAGAGCUUUACCUCUUCAUUUAAGAGACAAUAAAGAACACAAAACAAGUAAAUACAGAAAUUGUGUAAAGACGACAAGGGAAAUUAUAUAUAAGAUGAAAAAAUGCUCAGGUAUUUUUAAUUGCAUGAAGACUGACAGGAAGAAGAAUUCCAAAUCCAAAGAUCUGCAAAUAAAUUCCCAUUAUUUUUUUUCUAAAAAAUCGCUUCCUCUUUUUGACACAUACAAAAAAAUUCCCCUUAAUAGUGAUCCUGAAGACUUUGACCAGAUCUCACUUGUAAAUCAAGAUUAUUCUGUCAAAAAACUGUCAACUGUACAAAACACAGCCAUUAGUUCAGAAAACAUUCAUAAUUUGUCUGCUAAAAGUAAAGAUGUUUUAAUAUUACCUGAGCUGUCAAAAACAACUAUGGAAAAAUGUAGUUCUCUCUUGUUACAAGACAGCCAAACAAGUAAACCUGAAUAUUGCAAAGCAGUAGAUGCAUAUACCCUACAUUUAGUUAAUGAAAAGGAAUUUGUAGAAUUUCCAAAUGCUUAUUUAAAUUCUAGAAAUAUAUUCCCUAGUUCCUUAAGUGGUGAUCUGUAUAUUACUUCACUACUACCUAAAAACUCUUCUGUCAAUAAAGAUGGAGAAGAUGCAGGAGAAGAUACACAUAGUAGGAUUUCCUUAAAUGCAGACAAACAAAAACAAAUUGAAAAAAAUUAUGCCACUAUGUCUUAUUUAUGCACAAGAUGUCCUACUGUAACAUAUACAUACUUGCAAUUAAAGGCUAGUGAAACGGUGUAUUUUUCUUUACAAGGACAUACCGAGACAAAUAAGGCUGUCAGCUUAGACCCAGCAACUUUGAAACAACAUCUUGAAUAUGUAAAAGAAGAGGAAGAGAUAAGUGAUGAACAAAUGCACGUAACUAAUGAAAGUCAAUGUGAGACUGUAAUGAAUGACUUGAUUAUGUCACAUUCAGAAGAUGAAGCUAAAACAUUCAUUGCUGGAAAGGAGAAAUUUAAAAUGCAUUUAUCUUUAAUGAACAAUGGAUGUCUUGGAGAUGUAAAAGAUGAAUAUUUACCUUCAGAAAAUAAAACUACAUAUGAAUUUGAACUGAAAAGAAAAUUUGAUUUAGUGCUAGAAGAGCUACAUAUGUUUCAUGAAAUUAGCAAAGAAGAUGAAAACAAUUUAUCUAGUGUGGAAACAAACUCUCACAACAAUUAUAGUGAAUUAAUUAGCUCUGAUGGUAUAGAAGAAAAUACAGAAAGUAUUUCUGAAAAGAAAACAUAUAUUUCUUCUCCACUCUGUGGUAUUAUAAAAGGGGAAAAUAUGACUGUCAGUAAUGAAAGGUUAUUAAAUGAAAAAAUUUCACUUGAAAAUGAAAAUAUGGAAGCAUCUAAGGAGUACUGUAUGUCAAGACUGUCAAGUGAAGAGUUGCUACAUUCGCCUAUUGCAGAAGGCUACCUUUGUUCCAUUUACAAAAAGCCAUACACAUGGGACCCUGCCUUUUUAUCCAGCACACUUCUGAAGGAAGAAAAUUAUAAUUUACAGAAAGAAGGAGAAUACUUAGGAUACUUUCUGUCACAUGAAGUUACAAGAGUACAGCCUCUUAAAACAUGCAAAAGACCAAUCAGAAUUGGGCUGUCAAAAAAAGCCAGGCCCCAGAAACUUCAUCCUUAUUUGAAAUGACUUGCUGGAAUCUCUUACCUGUCUUGAAAUGGAAGUCUGUUUGAAAAUUGUUGAAAAGUUUUUAUGCUGCAUUUGUAUGUUGUUAGUUUGAACUUCAUGGUUUAUAUAUAUUUUUAGUUGUUAAUACUGUAAUACUUGCUAGUAAUUUAUUUAUUUAUGAAUACUUGAGAAUAGUGAAUAUUUGAGAGCAAAUAAAUUUAUGAUGAAUGUUUUCUAGUAGAAAUGUUAGUGGAAAGAUGAGACUUUUAAAGUUCAUGCAAUAUUAAUAAAAUUUGAUAUGCAUUUCUCACCUAUUAGAAUAUACUGUUGAAAUUUUCUGUCUUACACAUCAUUAAGAUCCUCUGCCUGUUUAAAUAGUUUUAAAAACUCAGUUUUAAAAACUUCUGUUACAAAUGUAACAGUGUGUAAGGGACAAUUCCAGGAAGCUAAAUUUAGAUUACUAAAUUGGAGGGUUAUGGCUUAGGCUUCAGAGUAAGUUUCACCUGGUGUACUCUCAGUUCCAUGUACUUGUUAGGUUAGACACAGAAAAUUUUUCAGUGCAGAGUUCAAAAGGAGUAGAAGCAUAAAUGUAAUAGAAAUUCAGGUUAGAAUAAUAGAAUAAUAGAAUGGUUUGGGUUGGAAGGCACCUUAAAGAUCAUCUAAUUCCUACUCCCUUGUAUUGUGCAGGGACACCUUCCACUAAAUCAGGCUGCUCAAAGUCCCAUGGGGCAUCUAGAACUUCCCAGGGCAACCUUGCUAUCCAGUACCUUAAUACCAUC